AUGAUCGUUUAUUUGCAGCAGCAACAGCAGCAACAGCAGCAACAGCAGCAGCAGCAACAGCAGCAAGAUAUACAACCCUUCUAUAGCACAUCCCCAGCAGCAGCAACAGCAACAAGAGCAACAGCAGCAACAGCAGCAGCAGCAGCAGCAGCAACAGCAGCAGCAGCAGCAGCAGCAGCAGCAGGGUACCGUAUUG